AUGAUCGCCAAGGAAAAUGCGAACACUGUUCUGGAGUGUUUCAAGAUGAAUUUUAUGAACGCUAACAUAUCCAGCAAUAAGCAAAAAGGGUACCGGAAGUACAGCAGUAGUUCAAGACAGCGGUUCCUUGAGUUCAACAAUGUGCUCUCGCCGCGAAUCAAAUCUCGGGCCAGCGUGAAGAAGAAGACUCACGUUGCAAGGUUCUUAUCUCGCCAAAGAAAGAACAAGAAACCCACACCUGUUGAACCCGAAGAGUUGGAAGGCCCAACGCUUCUCCGAUUUGGACAACUGGCGGGCGGCAGAGACGAACGCGCUACUAGGUGCCCACUAAGAGGAAUUAAACAUGGUCUACACAUAAACCCAGACCUGCAUUGCUCAUGUGGCAGCUUAUCCAUUAAACCAAGCCCGCUACAACAAUCACAGAAGCAGACUAAGGAAAAGGAUUGCUCCAUGGCUCACAUGUCGAAGCCUUCACAUAUAGCCACUAAACUAUACCUGAUAUGA